UGCACCAUUUAAUAAGCUUGUGCAGGUUAGAAAAAGCUAAUUUCCAUGUCUGGACCAAUGAACAUAUAAAGCCCAGAAGCAACUUUGCCACGUAAACUUCAUCACGGACGCAUUCAACGAAUUCUACUAGGUCGAACUUGCGCAUAUUAAAAAUUCUCUUUAAUCACUCAUCACUCAGUGAAAGCAUGAGUCACUGAGACACUCACACAAACACAUAGCGAGCUCAACCCAAACUUCACAACUCAAAGAAUCACCAAUCUCAUUCUCCAAUGGAUCCUUCAUCCUCCACCUCACUCCCACAAUCCCUCCACCUCGCCAUGGCCGCGUUGCUCGGCGCCUCUUUUAUGGCCAUUUCCGCCUUCUACAUCCACCGCCGUACCGUCGACCACGUCCUCCACCGUAUCCUCGAAAUCCGCCGCGCACCGCCUGCUGCCUACACCGAAGAGGCGGACUCCGACUCCGACGAGGAAGAGAAUUACAACAAUGAUCUGAGCGAUUUCGACGGAGAAGAAAUGGAACCGGUUACCGAUUCGAGAAACUAUCACGGAGCUCUGUCGAGGUCCGUGGAUGAGAAUAAUAUGAACUUGCUUCGAAACUAUAGAGUUUCGUCUUCCAUGCCGGACGUUGUUUCUGCAACGGAAUGGUUCCGUGAUCAUCCGAAGAAUCGUUCGUCGUCUCAUGAGAAUCUUAAUUCUGUUCCGAUUGGGCUUCCGUCUCUUCGAAUGAGCUCGAAGCAUGAUAGUGCUCAGAUUUCGAGUUCUUAUAAGAGGAUAGGUUCUGUUGGUAGAAUUAAGACUCCGAUAUCACCUGGACGUAAUGCAUUUGAAAGUGCUGAGGAUUCUGAUGAUGAUGAUGAUGGAACACAGCUUGGUGAUGAUAGUCAGAUUCCUUUCUACCCUGUGACUAGAGAUUCUUCAAAUUCUUAUGGACUUAAUCCAACUGUUCCUUUCAGACCUGAUGAUGUAAAUUGUGCAAAAAAUCAGAUGUUUGGAGAAGUUUCGAAAGAAGCAGGAGCUGGUGCAGAUAUGAAUGGUGGAACAACAGAUUCAACUGCAGUACAUGCAGCUGGGAGUGACCUUGUGUUUUUCAAUAAUGUCUUGUCUGCAAGAAGCGCAGCACUUGAGCCAUUGAAUAUUGAAGAUGAGGAAGUUUGCAAGAUGAUGCGAGAAUGCUUAGAUUUGCGUAAGAAAUAUGUUUACAAGGAAAAUGUUCCAUGGAAGGCUGAACCUAUCGUAACUAACUCUGAUCCAUUUCACUUUGAGCCAGUUGAAGCAACAGGACACCACUUUAGGAUGGAAGAUGGAGUUGUACGUGUUUUUGCAAGUCGAACUGACACGGAAGAGCUAUUCCCUGUUGCAAGCGCAACAGAUUUUUUUACCGAUAUGGAUUACAUUCUUAAAGUUAUGUCUAUUGGGAAUGUUCGCUCUGCAUGCUACCACAGGCUACGAUUUCUUGAGGAAAAAUUCCGCCUUCAUCUGUUACUAAAUGCAGAUAGGGAGUUUGUUGCCCAGAAAAGUGCACCACACCGAGACUUCUACAAUAUCCGAAAAGUUGAUACUCAUAUUCAUCAUUCUGCAUGCAUGAAUCAGAAGCAUCUCCUUCGCUUCAUCAAGUCAAAAUUAAGAAAGGAACCUGAUGAGGUUGUUAUAUUUAGAGAUGGAAAGUAUAUGACGCUUAAGGAGGUGUUUGAGAGUUUGGAUUUGACUGGAUAUGAUCUGAAUGUGGAUUUGUUGGAUGUCCAUGCCGAUAAGAGCACAUUUCAUAGAUUUGAUAAGUUCAACCUAAAGUAUAACCCUUGUGGACAGAGUAGACUCAGAGAGAUAUUCUUAAAGCAGGAUAAUCUUAUCCAGGGAAGGUUCCUUGCUGAAGUUACAAAGCAAGUUUUGUUAGAUCUUGAAGCGAGUAAAUAUCAGAUGGCCGAGUACAGGAUCUCUGUUUAUGGAAGAAAAGAGAGCGAGUGGGAUCAGCUGGCAAGUUGGUUUGUCAAUAAUGCUCUUUAUAGUAAGAAUGCCGUAUGGCUAAUCCAGUUACCCCGGCUAUAUAAUAUCUACAGGAGUAUGGGAAUUGUUACCUCCUUUCAGAAUAUUCUGGAUAAUGUGUUCAUUCCUCUUUUUGAAGCCACUGUAGAUCCAAAUUCUCAUCCUCAAUUACACUUGUUUUUGAUGCAGGUGGUUGGAUUUGAUCUUGUAGACGAUGAAAGCAAACCUGAAAGGCGUCCAACUAAGCACAUGCCUACUCCAUCUGAGUGGACUAAUGAAUUCAAUCCAGCAUACUCUUAUUACCUAUAUUACUGCUAUGCAAACUUGUACACACUCAACAAGCUUCGUGAAUCUAAAGGAAUGACAAUAAUUAAGUUGCGGCCUCAUUGUGGAGAGGCAGGUGAUAGUGAUCAUUUGGCUGCUGCCUUCCUCCUAUGCCAUAACAUUUCUCAUGGCAUAAAUCUACGGAAGACUCCUGUUUUACAAUAUUUAUAUUACCUUGCGCAGGUUGGAUUAGCUAUGUCCCCGCUUAGCAAUAAUUCCCUUUUCUUGGACUAUCAUCGCAAUCCUUUGCCCAUGUUUUUCCAGCGAGGGCUCAAUGUCUCUCUAUCUACUGAUGAUCCUUUGCAAAUUCAUUUGACAAAAGAGCCAUUGUUAGAAGAAUAUAGUGUUGCAGCAAAGGUAUGGAAGCUCUCUGCUUGUGACCUGUGUGAGAUAGCUAGAAAUUCUGUUUACCAAUCUGGAUUUUCACAUGAAGCCAAGUUACACUGGUUAGGGGAUAAAUAUUUCUUGAGAGGUUCUGAAGGAAAUGACAUUCACAAGACAAAUGUUCCCAGUUUGAGGAUCUCUUUCCGAUACGAGACAUGGAAGGAUGAAAUGCAAUAUAUUUACGCCGGGCAAGCCACAUUUCCUGAAGAUGUAGAUCCAUAAAGCCAACCAAAUGAAACUCACCAUUCACCAUGUGAUAUUAGAUGCUAACAUCAGUGAGCAGCAGUUUUGGCAAUGACAAGCUAUUAUUCCUUUAAGUUAAGUUAAGUCAAGUUAAGUCAUACUUAUGUUUUAAGAUGAUUAACAAACCAAUAAUAAUGUUGAUAAGCACCAGCAUCAGACCGAACGAAUACUUCUAUAAGCUACUCCGUAUUUAUUAGAAGUAAUCAGUAGUUAGCUAAUACUGAUAUCUUAAAAUUUUAUUCUUCGUCAGUAUUAAAUAGGCAGAGUUGGGUUUUCUAAUCCUAUGUAAUAAAGAAAAAUGAAAGAUCCUCUUAUCAUUUGUUUAUUUUAGAUCAUUGUAGAAAUUUUUUAAAAAGAUUCAGACUAACAAUUAAAGUGUGAAUGACAUUUUGAAAAUAAGUUAAGUUUUUUUUGGAUGACAAAGGAAAUUUACUUGAAAAAUUUAAAUUUAGUAUGGUAUGUAGUUUUAAACUCCGGAAUGUUUUUAAAUCUAGAAAUAAGUAUCAGACUAUUAAUGCUAGAAGAUGAAUUACCCUACUUUGUAUCAGAAGCACGUCCAUUUUUGGGGGGUGUUGCUAACUACACUCCAUGACCCUAUUAAAAUCUCAAAUGCCCUUAUUAUCAUUCGGAUUUUAAAAUGGGAAUUUCUUAUUCCACCUCAGAUUUUUUUCUGUUUUUUCAGCGAACCAUACGAGGUUUUGA